AUGAUGGCGGAAUGCGAUACGAAUUCUUCGGACUAUGUCGCUAGUCAACGCGGGCAAAACGGGAAGGAGGCUGUCACUAACGAAUACCCGCCAGCUAUUGACAUGCUUCCUGACGAGAUUAUGUCCAUGAUCUUCCAACUCGGAAAAGAACGAUGGCGAAACAUCGUUUUAAGCAGCCCACUACUCUGGAAUCGCCUAGUAUUCCAGACUUGUCGCUCUGGAGAUAAGCACCCAGCGAUCCAGAGGCAAGAGGAAUAUAUCAAGCGUUCUGGUGACUGCCCGCUGGAUAUCCACAUCUGCGCGGCACUGGACGUCGGGCUUAACAAUCCCAUCGUGGUCGAUGCUUGCCUAUCCUACAUCAUGGACCUCAUCAUUCCACAUGCGACACGCUGGAAAAGCGUUAUCAUGGAACUCACUACCAGGACAGGUGCGGUCGAGGUCCUACGCCGCUUGCAACCCCUGGCCGUUCCGCAAUUGGAUUACCUACGCAUCUCCUAUGAACCGGACCUUACAGGCGAGAUACCUCGUACGCCUCUAUUCGAGGGAGGUGCUCCCACACUGUGUACAAUUCGACUCUCCGGUUUGGGCCUGCAUCAGUCACCCCCGCCGCUGGCAAAUCUGCGAGAACUGCAAUUAUACAGGGAUGGAGCGACCGACAUCAAAGUGACUGCAGCCGCAUUUCAGGAGCUCUUGAAAGCUGUACCACGACUGGAAAGGUUGCACCUUGUCGGGAGCUUGAUCAACUUCGAUGCGGGGACUGAGCCCAUGCGCACCGUGUCAUUGCCCUCUCUUCGACACAUCACCAUCGCUCUCGGAAAGAACAUAUAUCUACUCGAGGAAAUGGAGCCGAGUUUGGAUUUCCACGAGCUCAUGGUAUCUCUGACUGCACCCAAGUUGCAGUCUCUUUACCUCUAUGGAUUGGUCGGCGACAGUACGUUGAAAUUCUACCUCAAGAGCAUCAUCGCAUCCGGUACCCUUCCAUAUCCCGACUUACAAACCCUACUUUUGCAACGGAUCGAAGAGGAAAUAGACGGUCUCCUUUGGCGCGUAUUCCCCUCCAUAAAUCACCUCCUCCUUGCCCACGUGCCUUGGUAUUCCCUCGCCAGUCAACUCGAAGAAGCAUGCACCAAUCGGGGGACAAGCCCGCUACCCUGGCCCAACCUCGAGCGGUUGUCGUGCACAGAUUCCUACGGCUCGCACAAUGCUGCAAUUCGCGCUUGUGUAGAAGCUGGCCAUCCACUACGCAGCUUCUCAGUUUUAUCGCGGGAUCUCUGGAACUCCCCCUUGUCUGAUCUCUCCGGACUCGGGCUCGACAUCUCGGAACCAUCGCGUGACAUAUUCCUGCCCAACCGAAUCAUGGUGCCAUCGUUGAUAUGGGAACGGGAUGAACCAGGCUACGAUCCCAGUCUGGAUUCGGAUUCGGAUUACGCCUACGAGGACGAUGAAGAAGACGCAGACGAUUUAUACUUCGGCGAAAUGGACUAUGAUAGGGAUUACAUAGACGAUGACUACGAUGGUUGGAGCGACGAAUACGAACUUUAUGAAGAGGAUAUGCGUUUGUUGGGGGACUGGGAACCGUAA